AUGGCACCGUCGUCGUUUGAUUGGUGGAGGAAAGAAACGCACAGGGGUACUCCGGUGGUGGUGAAGAUGGAAAACCCAAACAACUGGUCAAUGGUGGAGCUUGAAGGUCCAUCGGAGGACGAUUUCCUAAACGACGGCGUCUCAGAAGGACGUGGACGUAACAAGAACGCCAAGCAGCUAACCUGGGUCCUACUUCUUAAAGCCCACCGUGCCGCUGGCUGCAUCAGCUCCAUUGCCCCAGCUACAUUCUUUCUCGCCUCCGCCGUCCGCCGCCGUCUGUCCUCCGGCCGCACCGACACUGAAAAAACCGUUAGAACUUCCACACGUUUCUAUUCUUGUAUAAAGCUGUUCCUUUGGGUUUCCAUUUUACUACUAGGGUUUGAGGUAGCUGCUUAUUAUAAAGGUUGGCAUUUCAGCGCUCCGGAUCUUCAUUUACAGUAUUUGUAUACAUUAACCAACCCCUUUGCCUUUAAGGGUUUCUUUGAUUCAAUAUAUUCGAGAUGGGUUUUGUUUCGGGUCGAGUAUCUUGCUCCACCGCUCCAGUUUUUGGCAAAUGCUUGUAUCUAUCUGUUUUUAAUACAGAGUUUGGAUAGAUUAGUGCUCUGUUUGGGUUGUUUUUGGAUCCGUUUCAAGAAGAUCAAACCAGUCCCUAAGCAGACACUACCUGAUCUCGAAUCCGGUGAUAACGAUGGGUUUUUCCCAAUGGUUCUUGUUCAGAUCCCCAUGUGUAACGAAAGAGAGGUGUAUCAGCAAUCGAUUGGGGCUGUGUGUAAUUUAAAGUGGCCGAAAUCAAAGAUUUUAAUACAAGUUUUGGAUGAUUCUGAUGACCCGACGACCCAAUUGAUGAUCAAAGAGGAGGUUGAUAAAUGGAAAACGGAAGGUGCAAAUAUUGUUUACAGGCACAGAGUGAUUAGAGAUGGGUAUAAAGCCGGUAAUCUCAAGUCGGCUAUGAAUUGUAGUUAUGUAAAAGAUUAUGAAUUUGUUGCCAUCUUUGAUGCUGAUUUUCAACCCACACCCGACUUCCUCAGGAAAACAGUUGCCCAUUUCAAGGAUAAUGAGGAAUUGGGAUUGGUACAAGCCCGGUGGUCAUUUGUAAACAAGGAUGAGAAUCUGCUAACAAGGCUGCAACAUGUUAAUUUAGCUUUCCAUUUUGAGGUGGAGCAGCAAGUGAAUGGGAUUUUCUUCAACUUCUUUGGCUUCAAUGGGACUGCCGGAGUCUGGAGGAUUAAGGCUUUGGAGGAUUCCGGCGGGUGGUUGGAGCGGACCACAGUGGAGGACAUGGACAUUGCUGUUAGAGCUCAUCUUCACGGAUGGAAAAUGAUAUUUCUCAAUGAUGUUGAGUGCCAAUGCGAAUUGCCUGAAUCGUAUGAAGCUUACAGGAAGCAACAACACAGAUGGCAUUCCGGGCCAAUGCAGCUGUUUAGACUCUGCCUGCCCGACAUCAUAAAAUCAAAGAUUAGCAUCUGGAAGAAAGCAAACAUGAUUUUCCUGUUCUUCCUGUUAAGAAAACUGAUCCUACCAUUUUACUCAUUUACCCUUUUCUGCGUGAUUCUGCCAAUGACAAUGUUUGUGCCCGAGGCUACUCUCCCUGCAUGGGUUGUGUGUUACAUCCCGGCCACCAUGUCGUUUCUCAACAUCCUCCCGUCUCCAAAAUCCUUUCCCUUUCUGGUCCCUUACCUUCUUUUUGAAAACACAAUGUCUGUAACCAAAUUCAACGCCAUGAUCUCAGGCCUUUUCCAGCUAGGCAGUGCCUAUGAGUGGGUGGUCACCAAGAAAUCCGGCCGCUCCUCAGAAGGCGAUCUCCUCUCAUUAAACCCUAAUGCUAAUGCUAAUGCUAAUGGUGGUGUAUCAGAAUCAGACUCCAAGAAGCAGCAUGUCAACAGGAUCUAUACAAAGGAGUUGAUGCUCGCUUUUCUUCUGCUCACAGCUUCUGCUCGAAGUCUUUUAUCUGCUCAGGGAAUCCAUUUCUACUUCUUGCUCUUUCAGGGAUUGUCGUUUUUGCUUGUCGGCUUUGACUUAAUCGGUCACCAGAUUGCAACCUAGUGGAUUAUUCCUUCUCUUACUUUUACAAAAAUCAGACCCUUUUUUUUCUUUCUAUGUAGCAACUUUUUAUUUAUUUAUUUAUGGUUAGCUGAAUCUUUUGUUCUUAUCUGUAGCAUUGUAUAAUACUUGGACAAUUAAAAUUCUUUGUUAGUGAGUGUUUCACUUUCAGUCCACAAAUGUAGCUGUAUUAUGGAUCCGUUUUAUGGUGGGUCGGGUUAAGAUCACAUUUAAAAUGAAAAACAG